GGUAGACAGGGAGGAAAGAAGCGAGAAGAAGAGCCAGCCGGAGCCUCCCACCGUCCCGGUCGCGUCCCACGGCCCCUUGGGCCCCUUUCCCUCCUCCCCCUGCUCACCGUCGCGUCAGGAUUGCCUCCUUCCCCGCCGCCCCUCCACCUCCCUCUCCGCACCGGCAUCCGCGGCCUGUGCCAGCCCUCGCCGCGACCGAAGCAGCCGUCCCCAUCGGGGUCCCCCUCCGCCGCCUGCGGGCUGCGCGCCCCCUCCAGCCGCCCCGGGGCCCGGCCCCGUGGGGCGUCGCCGGGAUGAGCAGCUCGCGGAACAACCGGGUAAUGGUGGAGGGAGUUGGGGCCCGGGUGGUCCGGGGCCCGGACUGGAAGUGGGGGAAGCAGGAUGGCGGCGAAGGCCAUGUGGGCACCGUCCGCAGCUUCGAGAGCCCCGAGGAGGUGGUCGUAGUGUGGGACAACGGCACCGCCGCCAACUACCGCUGCUCCGGGGCCUACGACCUCCGCAUCCUCGACAGCGCGCCCACCGGAAUCAAGCAUGAUGGGACUAUGUGUGAUACUUGUCGACAACAACCCAUCAUUGGCAUCCGAUGGAAAUGUGCUGAAUGCACAAAUUAUGAUUUGUGUACGGUUUGCUAUCACGGGGACAAACAUCACUUGAGGCAUCGUUUUUACAGAAUUACCACACCAGGAAGUGAAAGGGUAUUGUUGGAGUCUCGCCGUAAAUCAAAGAAAAUUACAGCAAGAGGAAUCUUUGCAGGUGCCAGAGUGGUGCGAGGAGUUGACUGGCAAUGGGAAGAUCAAGAUGGUGGCAACGGGCGUAGAGGAAAGGUAACUGAAAUCCAAGAUUGGAGUGCGUCAAGCCCGCAUAGCGCAGCAUAUGUUCUUUGGGACAAUGGAGCUAAAAACCUUUACAGAGUUGGCUUUGAGGGCAUGUCUGACCUGAAAUGUGUCCAAGAUGCAAAAGGAGGCUCUUUCUACAGGGACCAUUGUCCUGUGUUAGGUGAGCAAAAUGGUAACAGAAACCCUGGUGGGUUGCAAAUAGGUGACCUUGUAAACAUUGACCUGGACUUGGAAAUUGUACAGUCCUUGCAGCAUGGCCAUGGAGGAUGGACUGAUGGCAUGUUUGAAACUUUAACGACAACUGGAACAGUUUGUGGCAUUGAUGAGGAUCAUGACAUUGUAGUACAAUAUCCAAGUGGCAACAGGUGGACGUUUAAUCCAGCUGUUCUCACCAAAGCCAAUGUUGUCCGAAGUGGAGAUGCUGCUCAGGGCGCAGAAGGAGGCACCUCUCAGUUUCAAGUGGGUGAUCUUGUUCAAGUAUGCUAUGAUUUAGAGCGAAUCAAGCUUCUUCAAAGAGGUCAUGGGGAGUGGGCUGAAGCAAUGCUUCCGACUUUAGGUAAAGUUGGUCGUGUUCAGCAGAUUUAUUCAGACAGUGACUUAAAGGUAGAGGUCUGUGGGACAUCUUGGACUUACAAUCCAGCAGCUGUCUCAAAGGUGGCAUCAGCAGGAUCUGCUAUAAGUAAUGCAUCUGGUGAGAGAUUGUCCCAGUUAUUGAAGAAAUUAUUUGAAACCCAAGAAUCUGGUGAUCUCAAUGAAGAAUUGGUUAAAGCUGCUGCCAAUGGAGAUGUUGCUAAAGUGGAAGACUUGCUGAAGAGACCAGAUGUAGACGUGAAUGGCCAAUGUGCUGGACACACAGCUAUGCAAGCUGCUAGUCAAAAUGGCCAUGUUGACAUUUUGAAGUUGCUUCUGAAACAGAAUGUGGAUGUAGAAGCAGAGGACAAAGAUGGAGACAGGGCUGUCCAUCAUGCAGCCUUUGGUGAUGAGGGUGCUGUGAUAGAGGUUUUGCACCGAGGCAGUGCAGAUUUGAAUGCUCGCAACAAACGCAGGCAGACCCCGCUUCAUAUUGCAGUCAACAAAGGUCAUCUGCAAGUUGUGAAGACUUUACUGGACUUUGGCUGCCAUCCUAGUCUCCAGGAUUCUGAAGGCGACACUCCACUUCAUGACGCUAUAAGUAAGAAGCGUGAUGACAUCCUUGCGGUAUUGUUGGAAGCUGGAGCAGAUGUUACUAUCACCAACAACAAUGGGUUUAAUGCUCUUCACCACGCUGCACUAAGAGGAAACCCUAGUGCAAUGCGUGUAUUGUUGUCCAAGUUACCACGACCAUGGAUUGUUGAUGAGAAAAAAGAUGAUGGUUACACUGCAUUGCAUCUGGCAGCUCUCAAUAAUCAUGUAGAAGUGGCUGAACUUUUGGUGCAUCAGGGCAAUGCUAACCUGGAUAUCCAGAAUGUUAACCAGCAAACUGCUCUGCACCUUGCUGUUGAACGACAGCAUACGCAAAUUGUUAGGCUCUUAGUCCGUGCAGGUGCUAAGCUGGAUAUUCAGGAUAAAGAUGGGGAUACUCCCCUGCAUGAAGCCCUGAGACACCACACCCUGUCACAGCUCCGCCAGCUCCAAGACAUGCAAGAUGUGGGCAAGGUAGAUACUGCUUGGGAGCCAUCAAAGAACACAUUAAUAAUGGGACUUGGCACUCAGGGAGCAGAGAAGAAGAGUGCAGCAUCUAUUGCCUGCUUCCUGGCCGCCAACGGAGCUGACCUCAGCAUUCGUAACAAGAAGGGUCAGUCUCCUCUUGAUCUCUGCCCUGAUCCUAGUCUCUGCAAAGCAUUGGCUAAAUGUCACAAAGAAAAAGUCAGUGGCCAGGUUGGUUCCCGAAGUCCAUCUAUGAUCAACAAUGAUUCUGAAACCUUAGAAGAAUGUAUGGUGUGUUCAGACAUGAAGAGAGAUACUCUGUUUGGCCCAUGUGGACACAUUGCCACAUGCUCUCUGUGCUCACCACGGGUGAAAAAAUGCCUCAUCUGUAAAGAACAAGUUCAGUCUAGGACAAAGAUUGAAGAAUGUGUAGUGUGUUCAGACAAAAAGGCAGCGGUGCUUUUCCAGCCUUGUGGUCAUAUGUGUGCCUGUGAGAACUGUGCAAGCUUGAUGAAGAAAUGCGUACAGUGUCGGGCAGUGGUUGAGCGAAGAGUGCCUUUCAUAAUGUGCUGCGGAGGGAAAGGUACAGAAGAUACCACUGAUGAUAUUUCAAGUGGAAACAUUCCAGUUUUGCAGAAAGACAAAGACAACACCAAUGUCAAUGCAGAUGUACAGAAGCUGCAACAACAGUUACAGGACAUCAAGGAACAGACUAUGUGUCCUGUUUGUCUGGACCGUCUGAAGAAUAUGAUCUUUCUCUGUGGCCAUGGAACAUGUCAGCUUUGUGGAGACCGAAUGAGUGAAUGCCCCAUAUGCCGCAAGGCAAUUGAACGAAGAAUCCUUUUGUAUUGAGUAGCGGAACCAGUGUAUUUUAUUGGCUUAUGAAAUUGUAAGGACAUUUUGAUGGUUUAAAUCUGUAAGUUUGAAAGGUAGUAAAGGGUUCUAAUGAAAACAUUUCUAAUACUGUAGCACAGAUUCAUUACAUGGUAAUUGUUUAAAGACUGUGAACACACCAAACAAGAGAACAGUAUUUGAACUUUACUCUUAAAAACCAUCUAAGCCUGAAACUAAUUUACAGCAAUCUUUUGGGGGUUUUGUUUUGUUUCUUUCUUUCUGUUGCCGCCUUCUUAAAUCUUAAAGGAACAAUCUUAUUUUGGUUUCAUUCAGGGUUUGUUUUUUUUUUAUGUAUGCAUCAGGUGCAAGUGAUGUAAAGGUUUUUGGGGUUGGUGCUUUUUUUGUUUCUUUUUUGUUUGUUUUUAUUGUCAGUUAAUAUCAAAUAUAAAUAUUUAGGGUUUUUUUGUUUAAUGCUUUUCUGGAGAACUUUGACAUUUUUUGUGACGUUUAUGAUUCACAAUAAUUUCUGUCUUGAAAUAUACAAUAUUGCAAAAUCAAUACUAAGUGUAUACACAAGAGUAAUAAAUAUAAUAGUCCCAUAA